AUGAAAAAGUUCGAUAUGUGUAGCGACAUUGAGCUCACAGAGAAAGUGGGAAUGAAGGCUAUUUUUGAGCUUUUUAACAAAACUUACAGAGUGAAUCAUAGAGAAUUAGAGAAGUCAGCUAGCAGUCUGAAACAAGUGAUCGAUAGAGCCAAUGGUAUCAAAACGUCUGGUGAUGCUGUUGAACUGUUGGGAAAUGUUCUUAGCGCCGUUAAAGGCUUAAAAAGAAAGGCUGAUGCGAUUUAUUCGGAAGAACUGGAUUUUGUUUCUUCUUGUAAGAAGAGAAUCGCGCAUUUGGUGGAAGUGGCGGAAUUAGAAGAAGCUGCACCUAAGCCUCGUACGCAGGCAGAAAAAUUCAAACCUUCUAAAGUGAUUGAGAGUUUUAUUUCCGAAAGGGAAGGUACUAUUCCUUCCCAAACUCGAACCACGAAUACCAUCCCUCCUCCCCACUAUGAUAAACCCGUUUUUUCUUCGCGGUUUAAUCGACUUCUUGCCGAACACUUGUUUGCUAUGGGUCAUUAUCACUCAGCUUUGGCUCUAAUUAAACAAGUCCCUGAUUAUGACAAAAUAUUUGUGCGAAUUAUUGAAGAAGCCAUCUUUAUUCAAGAAGCUUUGAUUCGUGGAGAAACCAAGCCCGCUCAUAAGUGGUUUAAUGAAUCAAACUUUCGCUUGAAACAUUCGGAUUUAAACUUUGACUUUGACAUGCGCAUCUUCGAGUUUUACCUUUUAGUACGAGAUGAUAAGAGAAUGGAAGCCGUUACUCAUGCGCGUCAGUACUUGAAUAACUUCAAGGAGUCGGAUCACUACAAGCCUCGUCGUCUGGGUCAGGCCAUGGUGCUUCUUAUCAUGCGAACUGCUGAUGAGGUGAAGGAGAAGGCCAAACAAAACGAGUUGAAUGAGGAGUGGAUAGUUAAGCGUUUCCACUUGGCUCUGAUGUUUUUCUACUCCUUCAUUUCGCCAACACCCUUCUUACUAACUGUCCGUGCUGGAAUGUCUGCUAUCAAGACGCCCUUUUGUUAUCACGAUGAAUCACGCAACCCGAAUUGUGUUGUGUGCCAUCCACUCAUAAACCGCUAUGCAUCAAACCUGGUCUUUGGUCAUCAUGAUCAAUCCAUUCUCACUUGCUAUCAAACGGGUCUCAUCAUGGAUGAAAACAAUCCACCAAUGGCUCUUCCUAAUGGAUAUGUUUAUAGUCAACGUGUAAGUCUAUCGCUCCUAUUUUCAUUGACAAACCCCACUUUAAUGGAAUAA